AUGGAUUGUUGCAUGCACAAGGCGGGAUUCGAACCUCCGACACUUAUUUGUGACGGAUUAAUUCGAGCUUAUGGUAAAUUUAAAAUGUAUGAUGAGAUUGGUAAGUGGGUGAAAAAGAUGGAGUUGGAUGGUUGUUCUCCUGAUCAUAUCACUUAUAAUAUAGUUGUACAAGAGUAUUCACGUGGUGGGGUACUCCAAAGGAUGGAAAAAUUAUAUCAAAGAAUGAUUUUGAAAAGAAUGCGUUUGCAAUCUUCAACAUUGAUUGCAAUGCUCGAUGCUUACACCACAUUUGGUAUGGUUGAAAAGAUGGAAAUGUUUUAUAGAAAAUUGUUGAACUCAAAAACACGUCUAGCUGACGAUUUGAUACGAAAAGUGGCUGAGGUUUAUAUCAAGAACUACAUGUUUUCUAGGUUAGAGGACCUUGGAUUAGAUUUACGUUCAGCAUUCAGUGAAUCUGACCUUGUAUGGUGUCUUUGCCUCCUAUCUUAUGCAUGUCUUCUGAGUCGAAAAGGUAUGGAUAUAAUUGUUCAAGAAAUGCGAGAUGCCAAGGUUCAUUGGAAUGUUACCACUGCCAAUAUCAUCAUGCUGGCUUAUGUGAAGAUGAGAGAUUUCAAGAGCUUGAGGAUUUUGCUCUCGCUAUUGCCAAUGUAUCGAGUGAAGCCUGAUAUAGUCACUGUUUGAAUUGUAUUCGAUGCAAACAGAAUCGGCUUUGAUGGUAGUGGAAGUUUAGAAGCAUGGAGAAGAAUGCGGUAUCAUUACCGAGUUGUAGAAAUGGAAACAGAUUCUCUGGUUCUUACUGCAUUUGGUAAAGGCCAUUUUCUAAAAAGCUGCGAAGAAAUAUACUCUUCCCUUCACCCAGAGUAUAGAGAAAGGAAAACAUGGACAUAUCAUGACCUUAUUACUUUAGUAUCAAUGUAUAGUGGCAAGUAA